CAGAAAAACAAAAAAAACACUUCAAAAAAGAAGAAUGAUCUAAAUACGAAUUUACCAUUUUCUCCCUUUCAUUUCCAAACCCUUCAAAUAAAUUUCCAAUAUAUUCCUACUUUACACUCUCACAAACUCUCAUCUUCAUUUUCACUCAUCACAGAUUCAAUUUGAGCUUUUCACAAACCCUAAUUUUUGAAGCAGUAUGGGUCAGAUCCAGUACUCUGAGAAGUAUUUCGAUGACACUUAUGAGUACAGGCAUGUUGUUCUUCCUCCAGAGGUUGCGAAGUUGCUUCCCAAGAAUCGACUUCUCUCUGAAAAUGAAUGGCGCGCAAUUGGAGUGCAGCAGAGCCGUGGCUGGGUUCAUUAUGCAAUUCAUCGUCCUGAGCCACACAUUAUGCUCUUCAGAAGGCCAUUGAAUUAUCAGCAGCAGCAGGACAACCAGGCCCAGCAGGGCAUGCUGGUCAAAUGAUGAUUUUAGCUUCUUGAAAAUCUAAAAUUGGAGUACAAUUAUCAUAUAUAGGUUUUUUAUUGUCUGUUAUAACAUGUUGUGGUAUUCUCUUCUCUAGAGAAUUUGAUUUUCGUUUGCAAACACCAUGUUUUCUAAUGUUUGUUGGUGUACUUCUCGUGUACACAUAGUUUGGUGGAUUAUAAUAUGCUCGUUACUAUGCUAAUGAUCUUGCAGAAUCAAUUCCAGUAAUCCUGUUAUAUCACUUGAAUAGGAGUA